UUCUGCGCGAUCAGUGAAUGACGUUUGUUCAGUAGACAACUGUCACAAAUAAAGUUCUAUUAUUGUUGAGAUAUUGCGAUUCAAUAAAUCCCAUCACCUUAAUAUAAUAUAAAAAGAUGUCGUACGCUUAUUUAUUCAAAUAUAUCAUCAUAGGGGACACAGGAGUUGGAAAAUCCUGUCUCUUGCUGCAGUUCACAGAUAAGAGAUUUCAACCUGUUCAUGACUUGACAAUUGGUGUUGAGUUUGGUGCUCGAAUGAUAACCAUCGAUAGUAAACAAAUCAAAUUGCAAAUUUGGGAUACAGCUGGCCAGGAAGCUUUCAGGUCCAUCACUAGAUCUUAUUAUCGGGGAGCUGCUGGUGCCCUUCUGGUUUACGAUAUUACAAGGAGAGAAACUUUCAAUCAUCUCACAACCUGGUUAGACGAUGCAAGACAACACUCCAAUUCCAAUAUGGUCAUUAUGUUAAUUGGCAACAAGAGUGAUCUAGAGAGUAGGAGAGAGGUUAAAAAGGAGGAAGGUGAAGCAUUUGCGAGAGAACACGGUUUAGUUUUUAUGGAAACAUCUGCAAAGACAGCUGCUAAUGUAGAAGAGGCUUUCAUCAAUACUGCUAAGGAAAUUUAUGAGAAAAUUCAAGAAGGAGUAUUUGACAUCAACAAUGAGGCAAAUGGAAUCAAGAUUGGUCCCCAACAUUCCCCCACCAACCCUUCUCUUCCUGGUGCCACAGGAUCCAGUGGAUCGCAGGGGGGAGGUUGCUGUUAAAAUAAUUCUUUAACCCAUAUUUUUAACGUUCUUAAGUCCAAGUAAAUAAAGAGGCGGUCAUUUUAUUUUGAGUACCUUGUUCUAUUUAUUCUGUCACUGUGUAAUUCUGUGCGUGGUAUAUUCUAGCGGAUGGUCUGAAGAUUUUUGUUUUAUCACAUUGACAAUUGUGUAGAUGAUUUACCACUUAGAAUCAAUCUGAAGAACAAGUGAGUAGAUAUUUUACCAUGGAACAUGCAAGGAAAUUCAGCGAUACAAGAAGGAAUUUCAAAGAUAUGUUUGAAUGUUCCCCAAUAUCUAUAUCUUCAAUUAUAUAUAUUCCUUUCAAUUCGAUCUAAAUUUAUUUUUGAAAAAAUUUGAUUGUUUUAUAAAAGAGGUAUUUAUGAUCUGAAUUGUAAUUUUUGUAUGUAAGCUUCAGCAUAACCCAAUACAAAUUAUGAGUAA